AUGGCACCAUCUAUUACUGAGACCCCGACCCUUUCUCUCCGGGCAAAGCCGGUGUCCCACCUGAAGACCGAUUCGGGCUUCAACAAAGAGAACUCGAUCGGAUAUGCAGAGGUCUAUAAGCAUGACGACGAAGUUCAGGGGACAGAGAAGCAGCCGCCCGCAUCAUUUCCAAACUACCUCCCUGUCUGGGACAACGAGACAGAAAGAUACCCUCCUCUGCAACCAUUUGAGCACUACGACCACGGCAAGGAUGCAGACCUCUCCUUUGCUGAUCUCUUGCCCAAGGACAAAGCUCAAGUGGAUGACCUCACUCCCACCAUUGGCAGUGAAGUCCGUGGUGUCCAGCUGAGCCAGCUGACCAAGGAAGGCAAGGAUCAACUGGCUCGAUUCGUCGCCCAAAGAAAGGUUGUCGCCUUCCGUGACCAGGACUUUGCGCAUCUGCCUAUCGACAAGGCCCUCGAAUGGGGUGGCUACUUUGGCCGACACCACAUCCAUCAGACAUCUGGAGCCCCCAAGGGCUAUCCGGAGAUCCAUCUCGUUCACCGCGGAGCUGAUGACACAAGUGGUGCCGACUUUCUGGCCACACACACCAACUCUAUCACUUGGCACUCCGAUGUAACGUUCGAGAAACAGCCCCCAGGCACCACCUUCCUGUAUCUCCUGGACGGGCCGUCAACUGGAGGAGACACUUUGUUCGCGGAUAUGGCACAGGCAUACCGACGCCUCUCGCCCGAAUUCCGAAAGAGGCUGCACGGGUUGAAGGCGGUUCACUCUGGUAUUGAGCAGGUCAACAACAGCCUCAACAAGGGCGGUAUUGCACGACGAGACCCGAUCACAUCUGAGCAUCCCAUCGUCCGGACUCAUCCAGUUACUGGAGAGAAAGCGCUGUUCGUCAACCCACAGUUCACUCGCUACAUUGUCGGAUACAAGAAGGAGGAGUCGGAGUUCCUGCUGAAGUUCCUCUACGACCACAUUGCGCUGUCUGCAGAUAUCCAGACACGGGUCCGCUGGCGUCCUGGCACUGUAGUUGUUUGGGAUAACCGGGUGGCCGCGCAUAGCGCACUGUUCGACUGGGCGGAUGGUCAGAGACGACACCUCGCUAGAAUCACGCCACAGGCUGAGGCUCCUUAUGAGACUCCUUUCGAAGGAUAG